UAAAAGUGUAUGUGUUGACCUUGCAUAUAAUAACAAAUAGAUAACAUGUUUAUCACAAUAAUCAACACUCUUAUGGCAUACCAUAUUUUUUCACAAAUAAAACGAAUUCUUGCAAAGGAAUUAAGAAGUGAUAUAAAGAAGUUGCUGACUCAGAAUGGCGGACAACCAAGACAGAAGCGGAUGCAGAUUUUCAGAUAAGGUAGCCAUAGUAACAGGAGGAUGUUGUGGAAUUGGUCGAGGAUGUGCUGAUAUACUGGCUGAAAAUGGCGGAACCGUCGUUAUCCUGGAUAUAAAUGAUGAAGUUGGAAAUAGUUUACCCAAAUCUGGAACUGGAAAACUCUUUUACAUACAUUGUGAUAUGCAGAAAGAAGACGAUAUUAAGAAUGCUAUCAAAGAGUGUAUUGACAAAUUUGGUAAAAUCGACUGUUUGGUUAACAACGUAGCACACCAUCCCGGUGUUGGUUGCAUUGAUGACAUAUCUGUGGAGAACUUCAAAGAACUUCUAAAUAUAAACCUUAUUGCUAAUUUCACCGCCAGUAAGUAUGCCCUUCCGUACAUACGGAAGACUGGAGGAAGUAUUGUGAACAUAGCAAGUAUAAGCGGUGUCAUUGCCAAUGCUGCCAGUCCUACGUAUUGCGCUUCGAAGGGUGGAGUAAUAUCUCUGACUAAAGCCCUUGCUAUCGACGAGGCAAAACAUGGAGUUCGUGUAAACGCAAUAGCACCAGGACCAGUUAAUACACCAAUGCUGAAUAAUGUCAUGAAAAAAGCUGGUGAUGUAGAGGGGAUUACAAAAGCUAUGAAAGAGAGUAAUCAUUUGAAGCGUAUUGCAGAUCCAAGAGAGAUUGGACAAGCAUGUCUGUUCUUGGCUGUAGAUGCAACAUUCACUACUGGUGAAGUGCUCAUGUGUACUGCUGGAAAUGAAAUUGGAUAUGGAGUUAAAUAGCUUCUCCUCUUUAAAUAUAAACAGACCAUCUAAAUUUUCUUUCGUAAUGUAAAUAUUACAUUGUAUGUUAUACAGCGUAUGGUGAGAACGAGUAUGUCAAUAUUUUGUACUGUUGUUUCUCUUGCUGUGGCAGCAAAUGUUCUUCAUGUUCGCAGGACUGUAUUCUAUCACAGGCAGAUGACAUAGUGGGUGCUUUGUUUUUUUGUCGCAUCUUGUGUAGAACUGAGGAAGUAAGGACACGCAAAUCGUUUUCUUUUGUUCUACGGGUCUUGAUUAGUUUGUGCAAUGUGACAGGGAACUACAUUCACAAUAUUUGUGCAGAACAAUAAUGAUUUGUUUUUUAAUACGGUCUUGUGUUAUUGUUAGUGUUUGUACGCACUUUAUGUUGAAUAAAGCUGUUUAUUUUCCAAUGAAUGACAAAAAAGACGUCUUACAUUUUCUUGCAUU